UUUAUACCUCACCCAACUCCGCGAUUCCCUUCCGUUUUAAACCCUAGGAUUUCAUCUCGUCCGCUUCUAAUUUCUACCGCGCUUUCGAUGCCGAAAAGCGAUUUCCAUGAGGACGACGACGACGACGACGACGACGUCGUGUUCCUUGGAUCACCGCCCGGCGGCGGCGUCAAUUCAGAAGAUCCAUCGGUGCCGAAGCCGGUGGAAGCGCAGCAGCGUUACCGCACACUCGAGUGCCGUAACUUCUGGAGAGCUGGGACAUAUGAAGUACCCUCAGGACCUUUACAUCGUGCCCGGCGCGCUGCUCUGGAAUCGUAUGAUUUUGAUCGGGCGCGCGUGCACCCGAAGUUCUUGCAUUCCAACGCCACGUCUCACAAAUGGGCUUUCGGUGCUGUAGCUGAACUUCUUGAUAAUGCUGUAGAUGAGAUUCACAAUGGUGCGACGUUCGUGAAGGUUGAUAAAAUCAACAAUCUGAAAGAUAAUAGUCCUGUGUUGCUUUUUCAAGAUGAUGGAGGGGGAAUGGACCCUGAAGGUAUACGGCGAUGCAUGAGCCUUGGUUUCUCAUCAAAAAGGUCGAAGACAACGAUUGGCCAGUAUGGAAAUGGCUUCAAAACAAGUACCAUGAGAUUAGGUGCUGAUGCAAUUGUAUUCAGUCGUGCUAGUCGUGGAAGUUGUGUAACAUUAAGCAUUGGCCUGCUGUCUUAUACAUUCUUGAGAAGAACAUUGAAAGAUGAUAUUUUUGUCCCUAUGCUUGAUUUUCAAAUAAUUAAUGGUCAGAUAAUACCGUUAAGCUCCAAUUCACAGGAUGAAUGGGACAGUAGCUUGAAAACUAUUAUAGAAUGGUCUCCCUUUUCUUCAAAGGAGGAACUAUUGCUGCAGUUUGAGGAUAUCGGGUUGCAUGGAACCAAAGUUUUAAUUUAUAAUUUGUGGAUGAAUGAUGAUGGCCUCCUGGAAUUGGACUUUGAGGAUGAUGAGGAGGAUAUAUUACUGAGAGAUCAAGCCUACAGUGGAGGCUUUUCAAGGUCUAACAAAGAAAUUGUACAUUGUCAUAUUUCAUAUACACUUAAAUAUUCACUGCGGGCUUAUGCUUCCAUUCUUUAUCUACGGAAGUUUUCAAGUUUCCAGAUUAUAUUACGAGGCAAGCCUGUCGAGCAAGUCAAUCUUGCAGAUGAGAUGAAAUUUAUGAAAACAAUUACUUAUAAGCCUCAAGUUUGUAAGGAUGCAGAAGAUGUGUCGGUGCGGGUGACAAUUGGCUUUGCAAAAGAGGCUCCUGUUCUGGGAAUUUUUGGCUUUAAUGUCUAUCAUAAAAACCGUCUUAUUAUGCCAUUUUGGAAAGUUGUUCAGGAAGGUUCGAGUCGAGGGAGGUGUGUUAUUGGAGUUUUCGAGGCAAACUUUAUGGAACCUGCUCAUGACAAACAGGACUUUGAAAGGACACCAUUGUUCAUUCGACUGGAAGCAAAACUUAGGCAAAUAGUUCUUGAUUACUGGAAACAUAAUUGUCAUCUGAUUGGCUAUCAAUCCUACAGUACAAAAACAGAGAAACGGAAACUUAAGGAUUCUGAUAAACACUCUUAUGAGCAUUCAUCAAAAACACAGCACAAAAUGCCUUCUGUACAUGUUGAUGGAGUUACUCGUCUUGAUGUUUCUGCUGCAGAACCUUCUGGUCAAGCUUGUGCUCAAUAUUCUAUCGUGGAGCAAUCUGAACUAGGAGAGGAUUCUGAAGAUAUUGAGAUUAUGGAUAUCUCGGAUCCAACAUUGAUUGAAAAAAUUAGUGAAGAGAGUAUACAACUUUUCAUGAGGAAAAGGAAAAUUAAGGCACUCAGUUGGACCGAUGACCAAGCAAAGAUGACCGAAGUUUGCUACUUUGGACAAAGAAGAUUUGUUGAUCAUGACAUGGCUUUAGAAUUCAAUGCAACUAGAGAUAAGCCAAACAUACAUGUUUCUAUCUACAACAAAGGAGAUUUGGAAGGCACAAUCUACGAGAUUAAAACCAAGAUUCAUUCCACAAAGCAAGGCGGGCAGAGCUCCAGUUAAAGACAGCUCAGUUAAAGCAAACUCUAUUGUUUGUUCGUACAGGUUGAGGAGUUGGAGCAUGAACUGGAGGAAGCUAAAAAUAGGUAUUCCCAGCUUGUUGCUGACUUGGAAACCCGAAGAACGCAGCAGGUUAAGAAGUAGCAUGGAAUUACAGCGGUUCUCAUGUCCAAUCGAAUCAGGUGCGAAUCAAUUGGCUUAACAAAAUCGAUCGAAUGAGUAGAUUGGAUAAGUCGAUGGUCUGGCUCAUAUUUUUUCUUCUCUGACGAAAUGAUCUGGUUCUGAUACUAGUGGUUUUGUCUUUGACUAUCGAACUGUAACCAACAUAACUAAUUGUUGCAUGAUGAUUAGAAGAAUAAUCUCUAGUGUAUUUUCAAAGCCUUUCUCUAGAAUCUUAUGGUAAUCUUGA